AUGAAUGAUCGGCUACGUCUCAAGACUUCAAUUGACACGGUUCGUUGGUUAACACUUCAAGCUUGUGCUUUUAGGGGUCAUGAUGAAACUAGUAAUUCAAAAAAUCAAGGAAACUUUCUUGAGUUGUUAAAACUUUUAGCAUCUUAUAAUGAUGAAAUUGCAAAAGUUGUGUUGGAAAAUGCUCCACAAAAUUGCAAGUAUACUUCACAUCAAAUUCAAAAAGAGCUCUUGCAAAUUCUUUCUAGUAAGGUGAAAAAGCAUAUUCGUGAGGAAAUUGGUGAUUCCAAAUUUUGUAUCGUUGUGGAUGAAGCCCGCGAUGAGUCAAAAAAGGAACAAAUGGCUCUUGUAUUAAGAUUUGUUGAUAAAGCUGGUUUAAUACAAGAAAGAUUUUUUGAUGUGGCACAUGUUAAAGACACCACAUCUUUAACUCUUAAGGAAGCAAUAUGUGAUAUACUUUCUCGACAUAACCUUGAUGUUUCUAACAUUCGUGGCCAAGGUUAUGAUGGUGCUAGCAACAUGAGAGGAGAAUGGAAUGGCUUACAAGCACUCUUUAUGAAGGAUUGUCCUUAUGCGUACUAUGUUCAUUAUUUUGCUCACCGAUUACAACUUGCGUUGGUUACAUCUUCAAGAGAGCGCCAUGAUGAGUUACAAGCGGCUCAAUUAGAAGAAAUUGCAUAUUUAUUAGAGAUUGAUGAGAUUGUAACUGGUAAAGGUGCGAAUCAACAACUUGUUCAGUUUAAAAAAAAAAUUGCAAGAGAAAGAGGAAGUUAUGCUACACGCGGGGAUGCUGAUAGUUCUUAUAAUUACUUGAAGGCAUUUGAUUUUAUAUUUAUUUUGCACAUGAUGAAAGAAAUUAUGGGGAUAAAAGAUAUGCUUUGUCAAGCCUUGCAAAAACAAAAUCAGGAUGUAGUUAAUGCUAUGCACUUGGUUCGUUCAACAAAGAGUUUUAUUCAAGACUUGAGAGAAAAUGGUUGGGAUAUAUUGUUUACUAAAGUGAGAUCUUUUUGUGAAAAACAUGGUAUUGAGAUUCCUGAUCUUAAUGAUAUUCAUUCAACAACAAGAUUUGGACGAUCGUGUCUUGAAGAGAAUCAAGUCACAAUUCAACAUUAUUUUAAAGUUGAAAUCUUUUUCACUUCCAUUAACAAACAGUUACAAGAGUUGAAUAUCAGAUUUAGUGAGCAAGCAAUGGAUUUGUUAACCCUUUCUUGUGCUUUGUCUUCUAAGGAUGGAUAUAAAGCUCUUAACAUUGAUAUUAUUUGUUCUCUUGUUGAAAAAUAUUAUCCUAUGAAUUUUAGUGAUCAAGAGAAGAAUAAUUUGCAAUUUCAACUCCAACAUUUCCUAUUUACUGCUCGCAAAGAGUCAAAUUUGAAUAAUUUAUCAACUAUUCAAGAAUUAUGUUCAUGUUUGGUUGCAACAGGACAUACUGAAAUUUACUUUUUGAUUGAUAGACUACUCCGUCUUAUCAUGACUCUUCCAGUUUCUACGCCUACAACUGAGAGGUCCUUUUCAGCAAUGAAAAUUAUCAAGACUAAGUUGAGAAACAAGAUGGAUGAUGAAUUUCUAGGAGAUAGCAUGACAGUAUAUAUUGAAAGGGAGAUCAGUUCAAGCAUUAAUUCUGAGUCUAUUAUUGAUGAUUUCAAGUCACUCGGAACGCGUAGAGCAUUAUUUUAA